AUAAACUCCAUCAAGAUCAUCCAAAUUUCAUUUGAUUAUUUGUGCCGUGCAUUUAUUGCUGAUGAUAGAGACAGUACGCAAGGUUCCACUUAGCACAGUUCUCUGACUCUCUACCACAUCGAUCGAUGAUCGAUCUAACUUACGAAUUUGUUCUCUGAGACUGGAGCCAGGCAAACAAUUGCAGCAAUUUCUAUUUCCCUGCAAACGCCUUCGGAAUUUUGAGCAGUGAUUGUAGACGUACAGGAGCAUUCUGCUUCGGUUGCUGCAAAGACACAAUUUUCGCUGUGCGAUCCAGAAAUUGAGUGCUUUGCAGUGCAAAGAUGGUGGGCGCCAAUGUGAAGCAAGAGACCUUGACAUUGAUGGAGAAGAAAGCUGGCAUUGAGGCGGAGAUGGAAGCCAUCAUAACUCGUCUCCAGCCUCCUGCUGGCCCUGGUCUUAGUGGCAAUCUUUUGGACAAAGAUGGAUUUCCAAGAGCAGACAUCGAUAUUGCUGCUGUUCGAUCCGAUCGGCAACGUGUAAAUGUGCUCCAAAAUGAUCUCAAGGAGGUUACCAAGAAAAUUGAGCAGAACCUGCAUGUGCUUCAUUCCGGUUCAUUAAUGAGGGAUUCAUCCCUCCCUCAAAAACGUACAGCUGCAGGUGAAGAAAGUCGACCACAGAGAACAACGUUUUCUCCCUCUGUAGCAGUAGCUGUGGGUACCUCGUCUUCAAAUGGUGGAGAUGAACCUGUCAACAUGGAAGUGGAACAGGCCACCCUUUACACACCAUUUGCUGUUUUUGACGAAGUGACCGCCGGUUCACCGGCGGAAGAAGAUGGUAUAAGAUUGGGGGAUAUGCUAGUGAAGUUCGGAAGUGUGGAAGGAGACACGGACCUUCUUCAGAGGCUUGCCUCCGAAGGGCAGAGAAAUCAAGGAUCUCCAGUAGAGGUCGUGGUUCUGCGAAAUGGAGUAAAAUUGGACUUAGCCAUCACACCUAGACAAUGGUCAGGUCGCGGUUUGUUGGGGUGUCAUAUUCGCCCCCUUGCCGGCAGGAGGUGAAAGGAAUUGCGAGUUCUGGUCUUACAAGUAGCAUGAAGAACUACUGCAAUGCACCAUAGCCUCGCAUCAACUUCUGAUGGUCUACAAAAUUCGUAAGUUUGAACGUUAGCCCCGUUUGAAUCACCUAGAGAGCUUGAUGGAACAGGACCAUACGUCACCCUUGAAGGAAGUUUGAUCUCGUCGCUUUAGAAGAAUGGUGACGUCUUUACGUUCAGAAGUUUGUACAUACACUCUUAUGGUGACCCCCAGAUUUGAUCGCUGUAUGUAGUGGGAUACCUGCAUACAAUUUUGGGUUCCUAUAAUUCUUGAUCAUAAUUACACUGAGCCUAGAAGAAUUUACCUCCUGCAACUAAAGAUCAGCUGUAAGACUCUCGGAUGACGGUGAACCAAGUUGGUGAACGCUUAUGUAUCCAAGAAAGAGAACAAGAUGAAAUGUGAACGGUAUUCUGUUCGCUUCUUUCCACUCUCCUCGGAACAUUUGUAGCCUGAGUGUAAUAAACACUAUACUGUC